AUGUCAAGUCAGAUCCGUCUCCAUGACUAUGUCCCAUUUGCGCCCAUCUACCCGGAUGACGGCUUGGAGUUUCCUUACAAUGGAGCAGCAAGAGUCCACAUUUCAAAGGCUGGAGGAACGACAGCUGUCGCUGUCACCAGGCCGAUGACCAUGGAGAUGACCACCAACACCAACUGCGGAGAUGCCUCCACCGGUCAGCCGGUCUUUGGCCUUACCCUCGCCGCCGUGGUCACCUCCCAUCCCGCCUACGUAGUGGAUGAAGAGGGGUGGGAGCUGUAUGACCCGGCGGCGUUGGUCGAUGUCCCCAUCGAGCACGACGACGAGCAGCAGCAGCAGCCGGUUCCUUCCCUUCCCGCGCCUGUCCCUGUGCCGCCCCCUGUCUCUGGCCCUCCGUUUUCUGCCCCGGUCAACCCCGGUCGUGGCCGUUUCCGCCGGUCCCCAACGCCCCAGCCGGACCCCCGUCUUGCCCUCUGGCGUCAGGAAAGGCGUCGCUUCGCUGGCAACGUCACGAUCGAGACGCACCACCCCGCCGUCAAGCGCGCCAAAGCCGCCGUCCACCGCCCUCUCCAGACCCCGGACGGCGUGCCGCAGCUGAGCUUUUUCGUCGACGGAUCGAUGGGCGACCGCCAGUUCGUCUCGCCGGCGGUGCAGAGCCCUGAGGGCGAGCGGUAUCAGCAGCAGGACGUGGAGCAUCCUGCCGGCGAAUCGGGCGGUGUGCGCGCCAAGGACUUCACGAUUGGUAGCUGGAGCAGCGAAAAGGUCUUCUCUCCGGAUAUGGCUGAAAUGGCGGCCCUUGCGCAGGCAAUGUGUAUGUCGGUCAACUUCCUGGAUAGUCCCGACCCCAGUAAGAAGCCUACAGUGGCAAACCUUGAAAUCUUUUCGGACUCUCGCGAGUGUUUGGGUUUCCUCCAGGCAACCAAAGCUCAUCGCGCCCCAAAGGAGCUCCGCCCAAUCGUCAAGGCCAUCGUUUGGAUGAGCCAUUACCUGAAGGAAAGGGGGAGUAGUGUCCAGUUGUUCUGGAACAAACGGUGUUGUGCGCUGGGCCCGGGCUUGGCAGAUGCGGCUGCUGGGGCGUGGAGGGACAAUAGGGGGCACAUCUAUUAUAGCCAGGGGCAUGUCGACCUCCCGCAAGGCCUAGCUUGCACCCACACAACCACCACCCCCUCCACCUCCGCCCUCACCACCACCUCCCCCACUGCCGCCUUCACCACCACCAAGUCCUCCACCGCCGCCGCCAUGUCCGCCGUCGCCUCCCCAUCCUCCUGA